CUUUCUGCCCCUCCGUGGCCAAAUCAUGUCGGGGUUCGGUUUCGAGAGGGGAGUCCGAGGACCUAAUUUCUUUUUCUCUCGGCAUGCUUUCUCCGAGUGUGUGUGUGGUGGCGCUUGAGAGGCGAUGCCGGGAAUGGCCACACACCUUUACUCCCCCACGGUGGCCUUGUCCCUCUGGAGUGAGCAACUAGUCGUAACCUCUUCUUCCACCGAUGACUCGAUUGGAGAAGAUUAGAGGGAUGGAGAAACCCACUGCCUACCCGCAGUAGCAAGCUUAGUCACAGAGUCGAUUCUCAGCCAUGUCUCUGAACGCUCAGUCUAGGGCUCUUGGUCCUGAGUGGCCUUUUGAAAAGGCUGAUUAUCCCUAGGUAUUGAAAAUGAGUAAGCCCACGUACCCUACCUCAAAGAUUAGGCCCUGGAAUGUGUUUUCUGUGCCACUGACAUCAGAAUUCCUGUUUAGAAUAAGUCUUCAGCUAUCUUGAAAAAGGGUGUAUCCUGCAGCCCCGAAUCAGGUUAGGGGUGCCUUUAUAUUUUUCAUUGUAUAAUUCUACCUUGGUGAAUCAUAUGAAUCAUCAGCUCACCUCUUUGUCUUCGAAUGUCUGAGGGUACUUAAAGUCUAAGAAAGGAGUGAAGUCCAAAAAGAUGGUUUGAUGAUAAAGUGUAAAUUAAAAUGUCACAUUAUUUUCCCUGUGCUCAUUAACAGCUCACAUCAAGCACCCAAAAGAACACCUUGGACGUUGUUUCUUAGGUGCUUACGCUGUUUGCACAGGGAAUAUCUCCUGGGUGUGUUGUGGUCUCUUACAGGAAAUGUGUUUCUGAUCAUCUGAAUCUCAACCAUGUUGUCAAACUGCUUGCAAAAUUUUCUAAAAAUUACAAGCACUCAUCUUCUAUAUUCAAGACUAUGCCAACGGUUAACAGAAAGUAAAAGGAGGUUUUUGGGAUCUGUGCCGACAUCCAGAUUGCAUAGACGAGUUGUCAUUACAGGCAUUGGCUUAGUGACUCCUCUUGGUGUUGGAACUCAACUGGUAUGGGAUCGUCUUAUCCAAGGAGAGAGUGGAAUUGUUUCACUGGUUGGUGAAGAGUAUAAGAGUAUCCCUUGCAGUGUUGCUGCUUUUGUGCCAAGAGGUUGUGAUGAAGGUCAGUUCAGUGAACAAAACUUUGUGUCCAAAUCAGAUAUCAAGUCAAUGUCUUCUCCCACCAUCAUGGCCAUUGGGGCUUCAGAGUUAGCCAUGAAAGAUUCGGGCUGGCAUCCUCAGUCAGAAGCUGAUCAAGUGGCUACUGGUGUUGCAAUUGGCAUGGGAAUGAUUCCUCUUGAAGUUGUUUCUGAAACCGCUUUGAUGUUUCAGACAAAAGGUUACAAUAAAGUCAGCCCAUUCUUUGUUCCUAAGAUUCUGGUCAAUAUGGCAGCAGGUCAGAUCAGCAUUCGAUAUAAACUCAAGGGCCCCAAUCAUGCAGUAUCCACAGCCUGUACCACAGGAGCUCAUGCUGUGGGAGACUCUUUUAGAUUUAUAGCCCAUGGUGAUGCUGAUGUAAUGGUGGCUGGAGGUACAGAUUCUUGCAUUAGUCCUUUAUCUCUUGCUGGGUUUUCCAGAGCCCGGGCUCUGAGCACAAACUCAGAUCCCAAGUUGGCAUGUCGACCAUUUCAUCCGAAGAGAGAUGGUUUUGUAAUGGGAGAAGGUGCAGCAGUGCUGGUGCUGGAAGAACUUGAACAUGCUGUUCAAAGAGGAGCCCGGAUCUAUGCAGAAGUUUUGGGCUAUGGACUGUCAGGUGAUGCUGGUCACAUAACUGCCCCUGAUGCUGAAGGAGAAGGUGCAUUAAGAUGUAUGGCUGCUGCUGUAAAAGACGCAGGUGUACAACCUGAAGAGAUAUCCUAUGUCAACGCACAUGCUACUUCCACGCCAUUGGGAGAUGCUGCUGAAAACAGAGCUAUAAAACAUCUCUUCAAAGAUCAUGCAUAUGCCCUUGCAGUUUCCUCAACUAAGGGAGCCACAGGACAUCUGCUGGGAGCUGCAGGGGCAGUUGAGGCAGCUUUUACCACACUAGCUUGUUAUUAUCGGAAACUACCACCUACUUUAAACCUGGAUUGUACAGAAUCAGAAUUUGAUCUCAAUUAUGUUCCACUAAAAGCACAGGAAUGGAAAACUGAGAAAAGAUGUAUUGGACUCACCAAUUCCUUUGGUUUUGGUGGUACUAAUGCAACUCUUUGUAUUGCUGGCAUGUAGGAGAAAUCAUUUAUAAUUAAACAUUGAUUUUUUAAAAAA